AUGAACAUGCUUACAACAGUCAAUAACGAAACACAACAGAUUUUGGAUGUCCUGAUGGAGUGUGCUACAAGAUGGAAAAGUGCAAAACUCAUCAUAAUGGAUGAGAAAUAUAUCUCAUACCUCAAUCAGUGGUGCAGACCCUGUUUUCUCACUGCAUCUACCGACUUGGAAAUGCAGCUCCCGAUUGUUGAAUUUACAUCGCUCGAAAAUCUUCAGAUUGAAAACAACAGUCCCGGGUUCGACUACCUCAAUAUCUUCCUAAUUUGCCCAAAAUUGAAGAGGUACGGCGCUAAUUUCGUGUCGUCGAGGCCCGAAUUCCUCCUACCUGAUCUAUCUCAUAUCGAGGAGUUCCAUGUUAGGUCUGAAGGUUGCCUCCGAGGGCCGUCUGUUGGGCACUUUCUUUCCCUGAUGCCCAUGCUACGGGACUGUCUAAUCGAACGUUUCUCCUCGACUAAUGAUGACAUCGAUGUGGACGCCAGCAAUCACAGGCGACCAGUCAUACCGAAUAGCUCUUUGCUUACUUCGUUGAGUGUUUGGACCCACACCUUUCGCCCUUAUGCAUGGAUAGACCUCUGUCUCCCUAAUCUGACCACCUUGGAGGUCUAUCAUCCACCCUGUACUCCCGCAAAUAUUGCACAUCAUUCCGAUUUCAUCUUAUUACUUGUCUCCGCAUCUUCCUUGCGAAAGUUGGAACUCAAGCACCUUGCGGAACCAAUGGCCAUUGAUAUCCUCACUAGUUGCCCAUCAGUAACAACUCUUAGUCUCCUCAUCGAUGACCUCAGAGGAGUGGACUUGUUUAAAGAGAUGACAGUUGCUGUGGGUCAGGCACCCAUUGUGCCAAAGCUCUUGUCAUUGACCAUUUGUCUAUCGGUGUACAAUUUCCGACGCGCGAAUGAUAGGGACAUUGGCAAAUGUCAACAGCAAUUAGCAGAGGCCUUGUGCCGUCUUGUGGAAUCUAGGUUUCCUGAAUUACGACCACCACUGAAUUCGCCGUCCACUAGCGGUGAACUUCCUUCUUACCUUGAACAUUUCACGUUGACUGCAACCCACUUCAGUGAUAGUAACGAUCGCUUCUGGUCCGGACUUUCAUUGCUUAUCGCGCGCUCGAAGUCACUAAAACAAUUUUAUGGCUAUACGAAGAUUUUACAAAUCGAAAAUAAAGGAUCUAUACUCUCAAAAUGGUGUAUCGAUAGACGGUAG